AACGUUGUUUUGAUGCACAUGAUGUAUUCUCUUUUGUUUAGGGGCAGAAGACGUCAGCAAAGAAGCGAAAUAUGGAACCUCUGUCAAAGCUGCCUUUUGUCUAUGGAGCAUACAUAUACUAAGACCUCUCGCCCACAUCUGCUCCUCUCGCCACGACCCAGCUGGACCCUGGUAAUCUGUCGUUGCUCAGUCUCUCCGCUCUCGGUGCCCCUGCUGUCUCGUUGUGCUGUGCUUAUCCUUAGUUUCUGACUUACUUAUUCAGUGCUAUGUCUGAAAUGCCACGCUCUGUUAUUACUUUCCCCCGUCCUCCUCCAACGUGCAAUACUUUAACAUCUCAGGAACGCUCUAAACUUCUGCGUUCUACUGCUAAGCUGGGGCAGCUUUUAGGAAGCACGCCCCAUGUUCUUGAUGAAAUUCUCGAUCUACCUAUUGAUAAACCUCUUCCUCUUCUCCCCCUUUCUGCAAAACAUAAGAAACUUAGACGACACGCUAACACCGGAGGCAAUGAAAAUGACGACUGGCAAAGGGUUCGAGUCAACGGCUCGGAUUCUGUCUCGUCUUCUCUUUCGCGAUCGAGCACAUCCUCACACUCGUCGACUUCCACUACCUCAUCUACAUCACGGUCCAGUGUAGAUUCCGAGGAGGUUUGGCGGGUUCGGUACCCUGAGUGCCGACCCCCGCUACUACGUCUAGGUUUUGGAGAUCCGAAUAAACCUUCAUCGCGCAAAGCAGCCCUUAAACCGAGCCUGGAUACCAUUCCUGGUUCACCUCCAUUUACUACAACCACAUAUUCGUAUCACGUCGAUAGGGCGUAUCCCGAUCCAGAGCCAUCGUCUCCUCCCAGCUUUAACAUCCUUUCUGACGCCUCUAUCAAGAGGGAGAAGAUGCGUCGACUGACGAAGAAACUUGGUGACGGCGUGCCCGUCCACCUCGUCUUUCCAUCAAUAACAGAAGAUGAUGAAGAUGACGUUAUUAUCCAUAGUCCGACUUCCCCUUCGUCCACGUCGAGUACCCUGUCAUCGAGCAGUGGUACUUCCUCCUCAACCUUGAUCACCGUUCACUCCAAUACCUCGAGUACGUCUGGGAAGUAUCGUAUGCGACACGAGGCAUCUCAUCAACCUCCUCGGACCUCACACUUCGCGAGGGAGCUUCCAGACUUCCCGUGCCAAGGACGUCGGUUGACCGUCCACUAUGAGACGCCGGAGGAACAUGGGUUUGAGUCGGAGACGUUCAAUGGAUUGAACUGUGCAGGGGUACCGCCAGUGCGGACGAGAGCAGCGGUAACAAGAAAGCCAGUGCCUUCUCCUCUUAUCAUUUCCUAACUUAUUUAAAAGCGAUCGGAGCUCUUUCGUCUGCAGGCUGCAAACGGGCUUUGUAGUCAUUUCAUUGAUGUGUUAAGCACACCUUGUCGUUUUAUGUACGCGUAUUUCAUAUUUCUCCACUUUAGCACUCCUCAUCUUGUAGCAUUACAAUCUAGGACUCUUUAUCUAUCAGCGUUUAUGAGCAACGUUCCGUAACUGUGGUUUCCUGGUAUUGUUCAAACGAUGCUUACGCUCCAUACAAGCAUAUGCGUCUGAUGACGAGCCUGAAAGACAUGAACAUUAAAUCCCUCAUUCAAAAAAGCUUCAACUUU